UGCAUCUUAGAGCCACAGAUAUAUUUGAAAUGAAUCAUCAGGAUGAGUGUGUAUGUGAGGAAAAUUUGAAGUCUUUCUACCUUAGGAUCCCCGAGCAGGUCCAUUCAAAAACAUCACUACGUUUUGCAGCAGACCAGAUCUACGGAGAUGAAGAGAUGCACGAAGAAGUGAGGCGGCUUUGUAUGGAUUAUAUGGAGAAGAACACUGACUACUUUUCGCAGUUCGUGACAGAAAAUUUUUGUGAUUAUAUUGCUCGGAAAAGACGUCGCGAUGCUCAUGGUAAUCAUAUCGAACUUCAGGCAAUCUCCGAAAUAUUUUCACGGCCAAUUGAAAUCUAUGAGUACUCUACAGAGCCGCGAAAUAUUACCGGUUUUCGCCGGGAUGGUACUGCGCCUGGUGGUGCUUAUCCUCCAAUUCGUCUUUCUUAUCACGGCUCCGUUCACUACAACUCAGUGGUUGAUCCCAAAAAACCUACUGUUGGAAUUGGUUUGGGAUUGCCUGGCUAUGCGCUUGGUUCGGGAAGCACAAAUCUUAUGUCAAAGAUGGCCAAAAAUUCGGACGUGCAAAUGCUUGAAGAUGCAAUGCUGAGCGACAAAAUCAAUCUGACCGAUAUGGAGCAAACGGAACGUGAAAUUGUGGCGCACAGGCCUUAUUUGGAGUAUCUGAAACGUAUUGACAAGGUUGGCCAUGCGUUUGUUGAUGACAGCAGUGAAGUCAGCAGCGCAUCCGAACCUGGCUGCUCACGCUCUGUUGCUCGAGCAGAAGCAAGCAAAGGUAAUGCAUUUGGCACUUCACAAAAUUUUUAUUGUCACGUCCGGAUCGCAGCAGUGACGACCUGUGUUAACCAGUACUUUUUGCAAUUUUCAUUCUUUGUGAGCUUAGGUUGUUAUGAGUGGCUCCAUGCGGCUACGACGGAUGAUGAAGAAAGCGCACUGCUGGCACAGGUGAUGGCUCUCUCAAAGCAUGAGUUUCUCAAUUCGCUCGAUAAAAAUUCUUCGAAGGAUGGAAAUGAUGAAGACAAAGCUUGCUCCAGCAAAUCGAACUGAGA